CAUUUGAUCUUGGACAAAAAAAUCCAGGAUUACACGAUUCGAUUCUAUACAUCGCCAGCGAGGGCUGGAGAAGUUCUAUUCGUCUGAAAACUUCUCUACACAUAAUACCGCAGCCAAAACACCGCGUUCAAUAGCUAUCUUCAAUAUGUACAGAUUUUUCGCCUCGGAUAUCUUUGAAGUCCAGAGUACAGAGCCAACAUAUAUUUAUGAUAUCAUACCUGUCGCAGCUGGCCUUGCAUCUAUUUCAUCGGAUGAUUGUUUGCGGUUGCUAGAUCCAACUGCUUUGAAUGGCCAACCAUUGAAUACUAUCAAGAAAGUAAAUUCUGAUGUUACGUGUUUGAAGACCAUUGGAAAUGAUGAAAGUUCUAUUGUGGUUACAGCUGGCAGGGAUGGAAAAGUGUGUCUUAUUGACCCAAGGACUGGUGGGAAGGUUGGAGAGGUUAAAAGUGGUGAGAAUAUUUUCAGGGAUUUUUUCGUGGCUUGCUUGUAGCAGAUGGAGCUCGUCUUUGCCUCAAGUGAGGAAGUGGGACUUGAUGUGGUCACUCAUGAGGGUUAUGAACAUCAUGAACAUCUCUACAUCACACGCUCUUUGGAUAGCCAUACUGUUAUCAAACGGUUCAACGCCUAUGGAAAAGGUCCUAACGCUUAAAUAGAUCAAGGCGCCCCAAUCUUGUCCUUGGCAUGCUCAAAUACAAACGCCAUUGCUGCUGGAACAGAAUUAACAAAUCACCAGGCAACUGUUUCAAUCUGGUAGAAGUUUCCCAUUAUCGCUACUCAAUAUGUCCGCCAGACUGAUAGAAGCAGGGACGCAAGAUCUUUAGCUACGCCAACCUUGCAAUACGUGGAAAGCCACAGUGACGACGUUACAGAGGUUUGUCACCUUCGCUCCAAACUUUGAAUAUACUAGCUGAUUUUCGCUUCAGGUACAAUUUCAUCCAACUCAAGAAUCACUUCUGUUAUCUGGCUCUACGGAUGGUCUGGUCAAUAUAUACAAUAUCACCAUAUCAGACGAGGAAGAAGCCCUUCAUCAGACUAUCAACCAUGGUCACUCCAUACAUCACGCCAACUUUCUUAGCGAUACCGACAUCUUCGCUCUUUCACAUGAUGAAAAGUUCUCUAUGUAUGAGCUAGUAACGAAUCAAGAAGAGGGCGUUGAAGAGCCAGCUCCUGUGGUAUAUGGUGAUAUGAGGGAGAACCUGGGAGGCGAGUAUGUUGCGAAUGUUCUGUGCAGACCCGAUGGAGGAGCUGUAUUAGGCAUUGGAAGUCAUAGUAAGAAUGAAUUUGAUCUUGUACAGUUGAAGAAAGGAAAGCCUUGGGCAUUUGCUCCUGAGACAAAGGUCACACUUUCUGGGGCUCACGGAUCGGAGAUCGUUAGAUCGUUCUGCUUUCUUGAUUCGGUAUGUUUUCCUUCUGAAGCCCUUGGUUAUGUAUGUACAAGCUAAUAAUCUUUUGCUCUUUAGCACAGAGCAGUAUUGACUGCUGGAGAGGAUGGGCAAAUCAAAUCAUGGAGGGGCGAGGAAUAAUUAUCUCGAAAAUGCUAUUUAAGUGGCUAUAAGUAAAAAUCUUCAAAAAUUUAUACAAAUUCAUCUGAUCUAUUAGAAUCAAUAAUAAGUGAAGAGCUUCUGUGAAAUGUUCAUUGUUAGUUUUUGUUAAAUCAUACAAU